GGAAGCAGUAGCAAGUGGUAGACCGUGGACAUUGGUCAGUCUGGUUCAGAUAUCACGAGUGAGAAGUGUUGUACCACUGUGAGUCUUCAGGCAGUCGUGGUGUGCUGUUUACUGGGUUUGUUAGGGUAAUCCAAGAACACCCUUAAAACGUUGGAAGCUUCAUAGAAUUUCGGAGAACUUCAUAAGAACUCUGGAAGAGGACCCAUAACCUCUCAUUAAAAAGAAGAGACACUUUACAUUGUGUACACACUGUUGGGAGACAAGUACUGUAAGAUGAAGGACCAUAAACAACAGAGGUCGACUACCAAUAUCCCAGUCGUGGAUCUGGGGGAGUUAGGUGUGGGAGGCCCCGAGGACCCUAGUGAUGAGGUGCUGCAGCGGCUGGGGGAGGAGCUGGUCCAAGCCUUCAGUAGCAUCGGCUUCGUCUACCUGAGCAACCAUGGCAUCCCCGCCCACAAGGUAGAGGAGAUCAACAGUUGCUCGGAGAAGUUCUUCAUGCUGGAGUCGUCCACGAAGCUCAAGUACAAACGUGGGGUGGCUGAUAUACAGGGCUACACCGAGCCUGGCCAGGAGAAGUUGACUACUAAAGAUGACGUGCGGGAGCUGCGUGAAAGUUACGACGUGCGACUUGUGGACGGAGUGUUCCCAGACAAGGAGGUAGGCAGCCUGCGACCUGCCGUGAGGGACCUGGUCACCUCCUGUAAGCUCCUCUCUUUACGCGUCCUCACAGCCCUUGCCGUCGGUCUAGGUCUGGAACGGUCAUUUUUUGUGUCAACGCACCAAGAGAUGUGCAGCAACAGCAACGCCACCUGCCUCCGUCUACUGUACUAUCCGCCUGUUCCGCCCACCUUCAGUGUGGGUGCAACCCGCUGUGGUGCACACACCGACUAUGGCACUAUCACUCUCCUCUUCCAGGACAACAUUGGCGGCCUUGAGGUGCGUGAUCGUGAGGGUGCGUGGGUGAGUGCCGACCCUGUGCCAGGCACUAUACUGGUCAACGUGGGCGACAUCCUUCAGUUCUGGACCUCAGACAAGUUGCGUGCCACGGAGCACCGUGUUCUUAUCCCGAAGGAGGAGAUGCACCAGAAGUCAGCGAGAAGGUCGGUAGUGUUCUUCGUGCACCCUGAUGACCCCGUGUUGAUCAAGGCCCUUGACGGCUCCUCUACCUACAACCCCAUUACAGCCAAGGACCACACUGAAAAGCGCUUUGAGGAGACCUACAAAUACUGAGGACCCAUCUGGACGCCACCACACAAUCAUAUCCUCAUCCUCUGCCUGCAUCCUCGAUGUCCCUGCUUGUAUAUCUUACGGCUACAACUAGGUAACCUUUUCCCAGACGUACUGUACAUAGCCCAUAUCUAUAUAGUAUUGUAAUAUCCAUGCCUACACAUCACAUAUCCACGCCAGUACAGUCUAUAUUAUCAGCUUUAUCCUGUAUUCCUCUCUGUGCGGGUUGAUUAGUCAAAUCUAACUUCCCAUUCUCUGUAUUCCUUUAUAAUAAGAAAAUAGGAGUUCUAUUUUUUCUUUAGAAUAUAGUUGUUAUUUUUGUUAUAGAGAGAAAAUGGAUUAUUGUAAGAUGAAGAAUUGGAGUUGAGAGUGCAAUGCUGGAGAGUGCAGCUGAGAUGUGUAGGUAUGAACAAGAUGAUAAACAGUAAGAUCCAACAACUAUGCCAAUAUAGGAGAAAGUUUGCAAGAGUAAAAAUAAGUUUUUGAAGUAAAGACUGUAUAGGUGUACUGUACUGUACGUAUAGUUCAACUGUAAGUGAACAUAUUAUUUACAUGUUUAAUAUCAACGUCUACUACUGUAUGUAUAUUAUAUUGUAUAGAUAAGGUAGGUGUGUACUUCUCGUGUUUAAUAGCAUGAGGAAGUAACUAAAGUAGACUGCACUCGUUCUAACUACUAACCCAGGCAAGGUUAUAGUGUCACCUUUACUACCUUCGCCUUGAACCUGGUGACCUACAGGCUUAGUACUGCGUAGGUAAAGUUGGAUAUUUGGUGACAUGCUAAAUAGGCCAAAGUCCAAAUAGACCUUAAUCGAUCUUAAUCCAUUAGAACCGGGACCCAUUAGUAGUGGGACCCAGCAUAAAUGGUUAGCCUCGACUGGCGUCUAUUUGAACUGUGGCCUAUUUGAUGAGUCACCGAGAUAUAAGAUCAAAUGAAAGAACAGUCACAUACUAACAUGGAUAAAGAGAUUUUUAUCUCUUAAGAACACACUUGAGAUACUCUACCUGGGGGUAAUACCCUCAGGCAUAUCAGUGUCUCAUUGUCUUACCAACCAAUGUGUUGAAACUCCACAGAUGUUAAAUAAGAAAUUUGUACCUAAAUGAAGUUCCUGUCACAUACUAUCAUAACCUGAUUGAAGAAAGUGGCGGAACACCUUUAUAGGGUAAAGUAGAGAGUUCCUCAAUUACUACCAGUCAUGUUAUUGAAUAUUUACAUGCAGUGAACCCUCCAUAUAACGGAUUUCUCUCCAUGUAAUUUCUUAGGUGGAGGGUUUUACAUAUAACAGAACUUCGAUAAAACGGACUUUCAUCUUUAUAUACUGUAGUUCGUUAGAUGGAGGGUUUUACAUAUAACAGAACUUCGAUAUAACGGACUUUCAUCUUUAUAUACUGUAGUUCGUUAGA